AUGGGCAACCACAUUUCAUGCCGGCCAUCGGACGGCAGCGGAAAAGUCAUUCUUUCAGAUGGCACGAUUCAUCGGUAUGACCAACCAUUAACGGUUGGAGAGCUCAUGAUAGAGCACCCACAACAGGUGGUGGUCGAAAUCCAGUCAAUUUUGAAUGGUGGAAGAAAGGCAAGUCCAUUGCCUGCUGAUAAUAAGCUUGAGAAAAACAAGGUUUACCUCAUGCUUCCAAUAAAGAGAGGCAAGCCAACGACAUUGUCGUCUGAAGAAGCUCGUCGGCUUCUUUUAAGUGCAAAUUCAGUACUCAAAUCCAAGUCUCUUGUAUCCAUAUUAGGGCUUCUCCCAUUGUUUGCAAAAAUAUGUUCUGCGGACACCGGAGAUGGACAAGAGUUUGUGCUGCAUCGGAAAGAAAACUUGGCGGAGAAGAUAGAGGAGACGAACAAAGAAAGGUUUUUCCCUGAAACCUUGGAGGGGCAGAGGCUAGAAUAUUUAAGCAGGCAAUUCUCAGGGAAGGGGUGGAAGCCCAAUUUAUAUACAAUUAUGGAGAACAAAGUGAAGACAAAGGUCCGUCACUGGUUGUUCUGA